ACGACUACUGACCACAUAUCAAAAUGGAAAACACCAAGGCCUUCGAUAUUUAUAAAGAUUUUGAAAAAAGAAAAGCAAUGACCAAAGAAGAAAUGUUGAGCAAAUUAAACGAAUGGGCAAAAUCUGGCAAAUAUGAAAAGGAUAUGUUGGUAGCGAAUUGGAAACCACAGAAAACAGCCUGCGAAGUUAUUACAAAUUACUAUAACCCUGAUCGAGAUGAAAUCAGAAUUAUUGACGUAGCUUCCGGUACAGGACUUGUGGGAAUGGAGCUUCUGAAACUUGGAUUUAGAAAUGUGGACGCCUUGGACCCCAGUGAAGAAAUGAUGAAAGUUGCCAAGGAGAGGAAAAUUUAUCAAAAUCAUUUCACAGAGUACUUUGACGGUACACGAUUAGCAUGCAUUGAAACUGAUACCUAUGACGCAGCAUUUGUAGUAGGAGGUUUCUCUGUAGGUUAUAUGCCUACAAAUGCUUUGUUUGAAUUGAUAAGAAUAGCCAAAAUUGGUGGGUUGUUGAUUUUAUCAGUAUGGGAAGGAUUUGAUGAAAUGAUAGACGAAUACCGAGAUCGAUUUUUUCCUCUCACUCAAAAGAUGGAGAAGAAUGGCGAGUUAACUCUCCUCCGAGAGGAUGUGAUCCCGAAACCAGACAAGGAGCCAAAUGGACUAAGAUUGGUGUACCGUGUACAUGUUUCAGAGAGUAGUUUUUCCCAUUUAAAAGCUCUCCAGAAUUGCAACGAAUUUUAAUACAUUAUGGAGCAAUGGAGUUUUACAUCCUAAUUUUCUUAUCCUUACAACAUGAAUAUUAUCAACUUGAGGCUAACUAGAAUAUCAUGCACAUUUUCGCCUAUGGAUUUUACAGGAAUAUGUACUAGUUUCGCAUGUAUUGAUUUAAUCUGUGAUUAUUGGUGUUCUCUGAUUCUGUGAAAUUGAGAAAACUUUCAGUGUUAAAACCACUACAAACCAACGGGGGCUCUGGUCGAAGCAACACAGUUACUUCCCCCGAGUAGGAGAACGUCAAGGAACAAAAUAAUAGCCGUGUCUCCUCAAAAUUUUAGUUGAACCAAUUACCCACUGGAAAAAUUGCAGGAGAGCAUAUGUUCAAAAAAUAUCCCAGGUGAGGGGCCCCAAACCACUUCAGUCCAUGGACCCCCACUCAUAGGCUAUAGUUGAGCCACUGAAAAUGUAACGUAACAAUAGUUACUAACAAUAGUACUUUGAAUCCGUUGAAUAAUAAAUUUUGUUAUUUUUGUU